GCUUUUCCUCUCCAGUCCGUGGGCAUUGUUGUAAAAACAGAAGGACAAUACAAGAAUAGAGUGGCGGAUAAUAGAGCCUCAAAAGGGGCAUCAGGGAAUCUGUGCUCUAUUGGACCUGAGUGCAUGAGGCACUAUAUGAGAGCCGUGUGUCGGCUGAAGUUUAGUUUCACAGGCAGCGAGCAGACAGACAGAGGAGGCAUGACUCUGAGACGGAGUCCAAGUUUUGCGGCGCUGUGCGUUCAUGUGCUUUUGCAGUGCCUGUGGAUGAGGGUUUGUGAGGCAUCGGGGCAUUUUGAGAUGCAGGUUUUGUCCAUGCAGAACUUGAACGGGGAGCUGCAGAGCGGCGCGUGCUGUGACGGCGCGCGCGUCGCGGCGGACCGCUCAUGUACGGCGGACGAGUGCGAUACGUUUUUCCGCGUCUGUUUGAAGGAGUAUCAGUCGCGGGUGUCUUCGGGAGGCCCGUGCAGCUACGGAAGCGGAUUUACUCCCGUUAUCGGUGGGAAUACUUUUUCAGUCAAGCCCCUCGACAGCGCGAGCGAUAAAUCCAGGAUCGUGCUGCCCUUCAGUUUCGCCUGGCCGAGGUCAUAUACGUUGAUUGUGGAGGCUUUGGACUUCAAUAAUGACUCAAGCACUGGCAGCAUUAAUGGUCAAGUCAUAGAGAAAGCGGUCCAGUCGGGCAUGAUCAACCCAAACCGUCAGUGGCAGGUCUUGAAACACAACGGCCCUGUGGCUCAGUUCCAGUACCAGAUUAGGGUGACCUGCGACGAGCACUACUUUGGCUUCGGCUGCAAUAAGUUCUGUCGGCCCAGAGAUGACUUCUUCGGCCACUAUACCUGCGAUCACAAUGGCAACAAGACCUGCUUGGAGGGAUGGGCUGGCCCAGAAUGCAACACUGCCAUCUGUAAGCAGGGCUGCAGCACUGAGCAUGGCUCCUGUAAAGUGCCUGGAAACUGCAGGUGUCUGUACGGCUGGCAGGGCGAGUACUGUGACCAGUGUAUCCCUCAUCCCGGCUGUGUGCACGGCACAUGCGUUGAACCCUGGCAGUGCCUGUGUGACACCAACUGGGGAGGGCAGCUCUGUGACAAAGACUUGAACACCUGUGGCACGCGGCAGCCCUGUCUGAAUGGCGGCACCUGCAGUAACACGGGACCAGACAAAUACCACUGCGCUUGUCCUGAUGGCUACUCGGGACAGAACUGUGAGAGAGCGGAUAACGCCUGUCUGUCUGAGCCGUGUCUGAACGGAGGCAGUUGUGUGGAGUCCAGUCAGGGCUUUGAGUGUCAGUGUGCGCUGGGCUGGACUGGACCGUCCUGCAACAUCAAUGAAGAUGACUGCAGUCCGAACCCGUGCAAUCACAGCGGCGUGUGUGUGGACCUGGUGGACGGUUUUAAAUGCAUCUGCCCCGCGCAGUGGACCGGAAAGACCUGUCUCAUUGAUGCUAAUGAGUGCGAGGAAAGCCCGUGCGUCAAUGCCCACUCCUGCCGGAAUCUGAUUGGCGGAUACUUUUGCGAGUGCCUCCCUGGUUGGAUGAGCCAGAAUUGCGACAUCAAUGUCAACGACUGCCACGGACAGUGUCUUAACGGAGGACUGUGUAAGGAUCUGGUGAAUGGAUAUCGAUGUGUGUGCGCAGCAGGCUUUGCAGGUGAGCAUUGUGAGCGAGACGUGGACGAGUGCGCCAGUCGACCCUGUCUCAACGGCGGACGCUGCCAGGACGCUGUCAACGGAUUCCAGUGUCUGUGUCCACCUGGUUUCUCAGGUGCCACGUGUCAGCUGGACAUAGACUACUGUGAGAGCGGCCCGUGUCAGAACGGAGCUCAGUGUUUUAGCCUGGCCUCAGAUUACUACUGUAAAUGUCCCGAAGAUUACGAAGGCAAAAACUGCUCCCAACUUAAAGACCACUGCCUCAUCACACCAUGCCAAGUGAUUGACAGCUGCACGGUUGCCGUGGCGUCUAACAGCACUCCAGGCGGCAUGCGGCUCAUCUCCUCUAACGUAUGUGGUCCUCACGGCCGCUGUCGAAGUCACGCCGGAGGGCACUUCAGCUGCGAGUGUCAGGAGGGAUUCACCGGCACGUACUGCCACGAGAACAUCAACGACUGUGAAAGUAGUCCCUGCCGUAACGGCGGUACUUGCAUUGAUAAAAUCAACGCGUACCAGUGCAUCUGUGCUGAUGGCUGGGAGGGACACAACUGUGAGAGUGACAUUGACGACUGCAGCAUGAACCCCUGUCGGGAUCGAGGAGUGUGCCGCGAUCUGGUCAAUGACUUCUACUGCGAGUGUGAAAACGGCUGGAAGGGAAAGACCUGUCACUCACGCGAGAGUCAAUGUGACGAGGCCACUUGUAACAACGGGGGCACAUGCUCUGACGAAGGCGACUCAUUUAAGUGCAUGUGUGCUCCUGGAUGGGAAGGAGCUACCUGUAAUAUAGCAAAGAACAGCAGCUGCCUGCCGAACCCCUGCGAGAACGGAGCCACGUGUGUCGUGACAGGUGACAGCUUCACCUGUGUCUGCAAAGAAGGCUGGGAGGGGCUCACCUGCAGCCAGAACUCCAAUGAUUGCAACCCACAACCAUGCUAUAACAGCGGGACGUGUGUGGACGGUGAUAACUGGUACCGCUGCGAGUGUGCCAGUGGAUUCGCGGGGCCGGACUGUCGCAUCAACAUCAAUGAGUGUCAGUCGUCUCCCUGUGCGUUCGGUUCCACGUGUGUCGAUGAAAUUAACGGCUAUCGCUGCCUGUGUCCACCCGGCAGAACCGGGCCCAGGUGUCAGGAAGUCACCGGACGUCCGUGUGUGGUCGGAGGUCGGAUCGCUGUAGAUGGAGCAAAGUGGGCUGAAGACUGUAACACCUGUUACUGUCACAGGGGGAUUGUCAGCUGUACAAAGCUGUGGUGUGGCCCUAAACCUUGCCGUAUGCUUGGCUCGGGACGAGGCGACUGUCCUCUGGGUCAGCUGUGUGUGCCGGUGCGAGACGAGCAGUGUUUCGUGAAGCCCUGCUCCUCACAGGGCGAGUGCUGGUCUGCUCACCGGCCGGCCGUGAGGGCACGCUGUCACCCAGAGAGCGAUUGUGCCAACGUCACCUUCACCUUCAACAAGGACACUAUGCCACAGGGAGUGACGGUGGAGCAGGUGUGUCGUGAGUUGAGGAAUCUGUAUGUGGCUAAAAACGUUUCAGCUGAGUUUUCCAUCUCUAUGAGCUGUGAACUCUCUUCUGCCGCCAAUAAUGAGAUCCAUGUGGCCAUCCAUGUGACUGAGGAUGGCAUUCACGACCGGGUUCCUGUUAAAGAAAUCACGGACAGCAUCAUUGAUCUGGUGAGCAAACACAGCGCGAACAGCUCCAUCAUCGGCUCCAUUGCUGAGGUCCGUGUUCAGCGCAGACAACCGCAGAACGCCAACGUAGACUACUUGGUGCCACUGCUGGUGUCCAUAGUGACGGCGAUCUGGGUUUUGGCGCUAGCCUCGGUAUUCCUGUGGUGCGUGCGGCAUCGACGCAAACAAAGCUCCAGCCCCACCGCCAUCAACCCCGCCGCCCCCUACUCCACAGGAAGCACAGAAGACAACACGGUGAACAAUGCCCGCGAGCAGCUCAACCAGAUCAAGAACCACAUCGAGAAAAACGCGUCCAACGGCAGCCUGCCGGGAAAAGAGCUGCACUGCGACGACAAGAACAGCGUCCACGCCAAAAUCAGGACGCAUUUCUCCGAAUCCACCAGACUAGCACAGGAAGACUCCAGCAAGCGUCUGCAGAAGGCAUGCUUUGCACGUCAGCCGGCCUACAUGCUGGUGGACAGGGACGACAGACUGAGCUCCAACGGCACGGAUGUCAGAAAUCCACACUGGAGUAAUAAACGAGACAACAGAGACCUGGAGUCGCAGCACAGAGCUCCGGAUUCACAGCCAAGAGAUCUGGACGCACAGCACAGCUUGCACAAAAUGGAGUAUAUCGUAUAGCGGCCGAUGCUAACAAUCAUUGCUACACGAUGUCAAAAAAGGUCAAGCGAAUGAAGACAUCUUUCGGAAUCAGAGCGCUGACUGUUGACUGUCACGACAAGGCCGGACAGUGUUUGUUCAGACGUUGUGGUCGGACCACGGGCUGGUCCAUUUUAUGGCGUCUGAAGGGCCUGAGGAUGUUAACCUGUGCUGAACUUCUAGCCUAAAUCAGAAUGUACAGUAAUUGGCCAAAAUCUGCUAAUUGUGUGAAUCCCACCAAAACAUGUCCAGGUCAAAUUUCACCCUGAAUUCAUAGACAUUGUUGACAUUUGAAUGACAAUUACAGGGAUAGUUCACCCAAAAAUGAUAUUUCUGUCAUCAUUUACUCAGCCUCAAGUUGUUCCAUUCUUCUGUUGAACACAAAAGAAAAUCAUUUGAAGAAUGUUGGUGACCAAACAGUUGACGGUACCCAUUGACUUCCAUAGUAUGGAAAAAAAUAAUAUGGAAGUCAGUGGGUACCGUCAACUGUUUAGUUACACACAAUCUACAAAAUAUAUCAUCUUGUGUUCACAAGAAGAAAGAAACUUGUACAGGUUCUGAACUUGAGGCUGAAAAAUGAUGACAGAUUUUUAAUUGUUUGGUGAACUGUCCCUUUAAGCACCUUUUCCAUCCAAAAGUGAAAUACUGCAUUUAUAUACAGUACACAUACUGUAAUACUAAGAUUUUUUACGCAAAUCAGGAUACUACAUAAUUAAAAUUGCUUGAAUUAUGCUUUAUUCUUUUUUUUGUAUUGCAUAAAACUGUUAUAGUGCUAAACAAAGGUUGUAAAAAAAUAUAUAAUUUGGGAUGAAAUUAGACAUGGAAAUGUUCUUGAGGGUUUUGUGAGUUUCAUCCAGUUGUUGAACUGAACUGCAUGUGCGGAUUGUGUUCAAUGUUUAUAAUGCAGAACUUAAUGCACCAGAAAUAGCUUGUGAAUCAUUUCCAAAAAUCAAUAAUGACUGGUGUAUCAUGUGCUCGAAGAUUGUAUUUAACUCCCAUUUAUUGGGUUCUUGACUGGAUUUUAUUUUCCCGCUCUUUCUAGCAGUUCAUUUUUAUUUAUUCUUCUCCUUUUUUGUUUUUUUUUUGUUUGUUUUUUUACAUGUGUACAGGCAGACAGGUCAUGCUUAGAAUUUACUAUCGAUAUGAAGUUCAUUGUCAGUUUAGAUGUUGUUGUAUAGAUGACUUUGUACAUAUUUUCUAAUUAAUCAUUGUGUAUAUUUGAUUUAUUAACUUAAUAAUCGAGAGCCUAUCAUUUGUUAUUAUUUAUAUACAUUGUUUAGGUUUGAGAAUGUGACCGCUUGUGUCCAACCUUUGUAUUUUUGGAUGGAAAAUAUUGUCUCUUAUUUCUGAAAUGCCAAAAUAAUAGUUUAUUUUUUUGAAGAAUAGGGUGUUUGUUUGUGUCUUAAUCCAGAAUACAAUGUGCAAUGUCUGUUUCAGAAAACAUGUGCAUGACUUGUGUUUGUAAUGUCCUGAGACGUAGGCUAGAUGGUUUUCCAUCUAGUUUUGAUACAUACUUUGUCUGUUCAGAUACACUUUUAUAGAAUGUUACUUUAAAACCAUUCCUGAAUAUGUUUAGCAUAUUUUCUGCUCAUAGUGGUGUUAAAUGAAUUUGGCAGCCCAGGAUAUCAAACAACGCUUGUCUAGAGUUUUCUGGUAAACCACAGUAUUCAAAUGUUCUUUAACCAAAACGUCUAAAGGGAACGAGCAGUAUUAGAAGUGCAAUGUUUGUACAGUAAUAUGAGAUAUGAAGAAAACAGAACUGAAUGUGAUACACGAGACAAAAAUGAAAUCAAAAAUCACUUUAGUAGGCCACUUUUAUUAAUUGUACAUUACAGUGCGACUGCUGGGCUUUUUUUGGUUCAGUCCCACUUUGUUUUGUUUUUCUUCUUGUGUUUAUGAAAUCCUUCUACGAAAAAGCAGAACCAUGAAAACAGAUCAUCCUGGGGUUUGUCAUACAUUUUAAUUACAUUUCAUUCAGUUGUUUACAUUAGGAUUCCUUAAAUCAAAUAAAA